CACGGAGAAUUUAGAUAAGUGCCAGGUUGUAAACGAAAUGACCUUAACGCUGAACUUGUUUCUAAUUUUCACCUUCUUUGUAAUUUUUACCUACGUCGGGCUAACUUUUGCAAGGCGUGACUUCAUUGUGGAACACAAAAAUUGCACCACAAGAGGGUGCUAUCCAGGAAUCUGGGGUAAUUGCUCGGUCACCAAGUUACCAAAGGGACGGACUAGUCUUUCACUUUCCACCGCAGUAGACCUAACGCUGCCAAAUUUAUUUGCAACAGUUGAACUGUACCUGGUCAAGCCGUCAUCUAAAGAAAAGUAUUUCAUCUUCAAUAGUUCAUUAGCUGACAUUUGUGCGUUGCUAAGAAAUCGCAAACCUGGAAACCUCAUUGAAGUGGUAUUCCAAAUGAUGAAGCGAAAUGCACAGUUGCCGGAAAAGUGUCCAAUAAUGGCAGGUUUCUACUUCAUCAAAGAUUUUGAAGUUGAUCCUGAAAUCCUCCCUCCAUAUACCCCGGAUGCUCAGUUUUUAGCGAAUGUCUUACUUUAUUCGAAGUUCAACGGGAGUAAACCAGCCCUGUUGGGAAUCAUUAUCCAUGAGGGGAUGUUUCGUAGAAAACGGAAGACUGGGACUCUACCUUUUCCAAAGUUCGAAAGUGCUCGCAUCCGCAACUGAAUAAAGAAGCCGAACUUGUGAUACAACUAUUACCCGGAAUGGUAGUGGUUUUGUUAGUUCUUCUGUAAAACUUGUUUGCUUGUGAUAAUAAUAACAGAAAGCUUUACUUUUUUUAA